AUAACAGACUGGAAUCAAUUCUGUAGGGAUGUCUGCAUAGAAUAUUGCCUGAGACAUCCUCAUCAAAUAGGAGGUGAUGGUCAAUCUGUGAAAAUAUAUACUGAACGUCUUUCAGAUGACAGAAAGUGCAAUAACAGUCCUGAACAAUGGAUGUUUGGAGGAUAUGAUCCUGCAAAGAAAAUUGGAUUUCUGUUGAUAACCUCUGAACUAAAUGCAGAAACACUGAUUCCUCUGAUUCAACAAUGGAUUCUUCCUGGAUCUACAAUUUAUUCAGAGGAAAAUGAUGCUUACAAGAGUCUGACCAUUCUAGGCUAUGUUCAUAAAACUAUUAAUCAAGCACAAAAU